CUUUGUCAGGCUUUUCGAAAUUCGUCAAGGAUAGAAUGGUGAAAUACUCUCCCGAUGCAUUCAGCACCUCAUUGUUGGGACAGAAUCUAGUGGUUUUCUGCGGCGCGCAAGGCAACAAGUUUGUUUUCAGCAACGAUGAUAAACUCACCACCCACUGGUUGCCUCCAUCGACCCUUAAGGUUCUGUUCCCGGGAAUCGGGGGGAACCAAUAUAAGGAAACCGUAGCCUUGUUCCACAAAUUCCAGUACGAGAUUCUCAAGCCGGAUGCCCUGAGACAGUACAUACCGGUGAUGGACUCGUUGGCUCGUGAGCAGCUGCGGAACCCUAGCUCGGUGGUGAAGGCCCUGCCGUUGGCAAGGAAGGGCAGGGUGUUCGUGGAUGAGGUGGAUCCCGAGCGGCUGCACAAGUUGUUGGAGCCAUUUUCUCGGUUGACUGUUGGGCUUCUGGCCCUCCCUAUAAACUUGCCGGGGACGACCUUCAACCGCGGUCUCAGAGGAGGCAAGGUGGUGCAGGGUGGGCUUAUGAGGAUCGUGGAGGAGAGGAGGAGGAAGGAUAGCCAGGGAAGAGACUGCUUGCUGUCAAAGCUGCUGAUUGAUGAAGAUGCCAAAUAUAUGAGUGAUAUCAAGAUUGCUAAUUUCUUAAUUGGUGUGCUGCUGGCUAGCUACGACACCACCGCCUAUGCACUCAUUGUUGUCAUAUGGAGUAUUAUCUUGCUCAACUUCCACAUAUUUAUCAACAAGUUUUUAAAGCUAAGAAUCGGAUCGUCUCUUUUCGCCCAACAAAUGGCGAUUGCGAAAUCUAAAGGCGCGGAUGAGCUGCUGAAGUGGGAGGAUGUGGAAAAGAUGAAGUACUCGUGGAAUGUUGCGCGUGAAUCUAUGAGGCUAGCACCCCUUGCGCUAGGGUCAUUUAGGGAAACCACAACUAAAUUCACUUACGCAGGUUUCACCAUUCCUAAGGGAUGCAAGGCAAUGUGGACGGUCCAUUCAUCCCACAUGAACCCCGACUACUUCCCGGAGCCGGAGAAGUUUGAUCCGUCGCGAUUUGAGGGGAGCGGACCGGCACCUUACACAUUCAUUCCGUUUGGAGGAGGCCCAAGAAUUUGUGCCGUGAGAAACUAUGCCAAACUUGCAAUAUUGGUGUUCAUGCACAAUUUGGUGACAAGGUUCAAAUUUGAAAAGGUUAUUCCAGAAGAGAAGAUAUUGUUCCAUCGUAACUCGCCUAUACCGGCUCACGGCCUCCCCCUUCACCUCCAUCCUCAUCAAGGAGAAAUCAAUCCAAGUCUUAUGCAUGUUGAGGCUAUACUUUAUAUGCAAAUUUGA